AUGACUAGAGUUGAAUUCAAGUUUAUUGACAAAUUUGACAGAUUUAUUCUCAUUGAACGUGAUAUUAAUAUACAGAAUUAUGUUACAUUUGGUUGUUAUGUUGAACCUGGUAGUGCAAUUCAAGGAGAUAAAGUAAACAUUUUAUGUAAUCAACACGCUAGUAGUUAUGAAGAUUUACUUAAUGGAUAUAUUGAACGCAAAUUGUAUUUUGUAAAUUAUGCGGAUAACAACAAUCAUGUUCUCUUAGCAACUUCUCAUUCUAGCAACUUGGAUAUGAGAGAAUUUGAUCUUCCAGUAAUUUCUCAAAAUGCUCCACUUAAAAUUUUGAUUCAAUGUGACCAAGAUCCAGCUGCUAAUCAAGAAAUACCACUGAAGAGUUCAAUGAGACCUCCCAUUACAGUUGAUUUCCAAAUCACUGAUCAAACAGACUCAUCUGCUAAUGUACAUGUGACAUUAUCAGAAGAUUUAGGUAGUGACUAUCAAGAAACUCAAUAUGCAAUUGGACCAUCUGAAACUUUAACAUACAAAAAAUUUUCUGAUACUACCAGUUAUGUAACGAAGGAUUUUGUAAUUAAUGAACAAUUCCCAUCAGAUUUUACCUUGACAAUCAGAGUAAAAUAUCUCGAUGGCAAAUAUGCAAGCAAAACAAUUACUAUUGGUGAUCCAAUCGAUCCAAUCUAUGAAUUAUCAAUUGGAAAGAAUCAACUCAAAGAUAAAGUAUACACUGCCACUAAAGAAUAUAAAGUUUUGCUACAAUAUGGAUCAACUUCUGCUCAGGUUAAAGCAGAAAUGGGAGGCAAGAAUUAG